GGUGGUCCCCAGGGCUGAACAACUGAUCGAUCACCCGAGCCUGCAGAUCUUGGCGCUAUGAACCUCAGUUAACCAUUCACAUCAUCUUCCUCCAAAAUACAUAUUCAUUCGAUGGAAAUCGACCAUCAGCAAUCUACUUCGCAAGAUACUUCGCCCGUCAUCCAGUUGCUAAAUCAAGGUGACCAGCUCACCCAACGAUUCCAAAAACAAUUCAACGACUCGAUCACACAUGUUCAAACCCUGAAUUCGUCACUCAAGCAACAUGAUAACCUGAGCAAUCUUGUGGCACGUUCGACGAACGCAGAUAUCAGCUCGCAAUAUCCCUCGGUUCGAGAACGUACUUUGGCCACACUGACGAAGACGAUAGACGACGCGUCUAGUGGGAUCAGGAACUCGUUAGAAUUGAUGGAAUCGACGGUCGAUGCACUUUCCGAACUGUUAUACAAAGUGGACGUCUAUCUGGCUGAACCCGCCUCGAUCGGAUCAAUCGGCUUCGAUCCAAUCAAUGCCUUGAAACAUCUCGGAAACCUCUUCUCGGCUUAUCAAGCUGAAUUGCUUGCUAAAAGAGAGCUCUUCUUCUCCUUCAAUUGUGAAGAAAUCUCAAUCGACGACUUCGUUGGUCAAUGGCAAAUCUGUCACCAAAUCAAAUCUCUAACUCAAGAAACUAUGGAUGAUUUGGCUGAUGUCAUGGGUACUUGGUCUACUUAAUACACUCAAAAUACACGCAUCCCUGGACUUCUUUUCUUCUUUUCUUCCUUUCCUCUCUACCAUUUAUCUUCAGCAAGCCUGUAGUACCAAAGGAUGCAUAUAUUAUUUCAGCAGAUUUUGUACCAUGUGAGAAAGUGUGUAACAAGAAGUCACCAAUCUAUCAAAAAACUUGACAAGCUUCAUAUAUAUAGAUUGUUGAUGCACCUUUUUUUGGAAAAUCAGCCAGAUUAAGGGGGUCAACUUUCAAGUCCC